UUUUUCAGAGAACUUUACGUAUUUCUUCGUAGUUUUUAAUUUAUUAGCAAUAUGGGUAUUGUAGAAAAAAUUCAAGAAAUUGAGCGUGAAAUAGGGCGGACACAGAAGAAUAAAGCUACAGCAAAAUUGGCCAAAUACAGACAGGAGUUGUUAGAGCCUUCUGCAAAAGGUGGAGGUUCUAAAGGAGAAGGUUUCGAUGUUAUGAAGAGUGGAGAUGCUAGAGAAGUCCUCAUCUUUCGGAGGAAAGGAAAGACAGCAGUUGAAAGAUAUUACCUUACCGGUAACUUUUCAAAAAUUUUUUUCAUUUUAGUAGCACUUAUUGGAUUCCCUUCCGUUGGAAAGUCAACAUUUUUGUCUACCGUUACCACUACAGAAAGCGUGGCAGCCUCAUAUGAAUUUACAACAUUGACUUGCAUUCCUGGCGUUAUCGAGUAUAACGGCGCAAACAUUCAAUUACUCGAUCUUCCCGGAAUUAUUGAAGGCGCUUCUCAAGGAAAGGGCCGUGGAAGGCAAGUUAUUGCUGUUGCUAAAACUGCCGAUUUAAUUUUGAUGAUGCUGGAUGCUACAAAGGGGGACAUUCAGAGAGGACUUCUCGAAAAAGAAUUGGAAGCUGUUGGUAUUCGUCUCAACAAAAAGCGUCCAAAUAUUUAUUUUAAAAGAAAGGCUGGAGGAGGUGUUAAAUUCACCCACACAGUUCCACUGACUUUUUGUGAUGAAAAAAUGAUUCAAUCAAUUUUGCAUGAAUACAAAAUAUUUAAUGCGGAUAUUAUCUUUAGAGAAAAUAGCACGGUUGACGAGUUAAUUGACGUUAUACAAGGCAACAGAGUUUAUAUUCCAUGUAAAGUUUUUUAAUAUUAUUUUUUAUAAGUUUUAAGAUAACCCAGAAACCUCACACCCAAAACAGGAGUGUGUCGUUUCGCCUUUCGCUUCUUAAUAUAGUCUCACCCCUGGCCCAAACUAACAAUAAGUAGAUAGCUUUAAUUUAAAACUUUUUGAAAUUUGGUUGACCAUUGAUGAUAUUUUCUAUUAGGCUUGUAACCAGGAUUUCUUUAGGGGGUGGAGCCUCAGGCCAAAACAUUCACUUUUUUCAGCUAAAUAACGGGGGAUGUUGUUCCAACAGUGGCUUUUGAGGGUUUUGUAGUUAACUGCAUCACACCGCUUUAAGGCAUACCGCUGUCUUAUAAGGUUUUAAGGCUACGAACGUUACUUUCUAUUUAAUAUCAAUUUAAUUUUUACUUUGACUGCCAUUUAUUAGAGGACCCUCGACUUCUGCGCGAAGUGAUAUCUGUUCUUGUAAAAUGAGUUUUAAGGAAGUUAUAAGCGUUCAGUCGAUAGUAGAAGAGUAUAUGACGUAAAAGAGAGAAAAGAGCGAAUUUUCUUUGUUGUAGUAAAGGGGUUGGAGCGCGC